UAGCAGCCUGCUGGCUGAGGAGCGGCCGGAACUUCGGCGACGACUGCGGGGAGUGCUCUGGGCUACCCGGAGCUGAUGGUGACCGAAUUAUAAGAGGAGAGUGACAUGAAGAUCCAUUUACAUUGUACUGAGUGGAUCGCAGGCGUCUCACAGUGACUGCUCUCCGUUUUUUAUUUCACUAGUUCCACAUCACUUGAUGCAAAUUCUGGGUCUCAGUGCCGGAGUCCCCUGGGUAUUACUGUAUUUCACUGUGCGUUAAAGUUUCUUGGCAAUAAAAUAGUAACAGGAAUCGUCACUCGGUCAUGGAAUGUUUAAUCUGCUCAGCUUCCUCCAGCCCGUCUGGGUAGAGAAGAAUUGAUUCUGGUUCCGGGAUGGUUUGCUGGCUCCCUGUGCCUGGACUAGAAGUCGGUCCUGUUUUCUGGCCAAGGAGCCCGUCCCUCAGCCAGCGACCGGCACCUCUCUCUCUACCUGCUGACCCAGGUGUCUGGCAGAGAUGACAGCCACAACUGCCCAUAAGUGCUUGAAGAAUGACAAGGUGGAUGAGGCACAAGCACUGGCCAGGAGCUGUGCGGGGAGACCAGAUUUCAAGCCAUGUGAUGGACUCUCUAUUUGUGCUACUCAUAGCCAUGGAAAGUGCUUCAGACUCCACUGGUGCUGCCAUCUGGGCUGGUGUCAUUGCAAGUAUGUGUACCAGCCAAUGACUCCUGUUGAGCAUUUACCAAGCACUGAGAUCCCAGCUGAGCCACGAGAACAGACAAACACCAUUCAGAUUAGUGUGUCACUGGCUGAUCAAUUCCUCAAGGUGGCCUCAUCUUUCCAGCCUCCAUACCUGCCAGAGUCACCUCGUUACUGCACCAUCUCUGACCUCUUCUUGGAUAACUACCAAGUAAAAUGUAUCAAUGGGAAAAUGUGUUAUGUUCAGCGGCAGCAACCACCCCCUCCUCAACCACCUAAAAGAGUCAGGUCAGAGAGAGAGAACUUGCAGGAAGUAUAUCCACAAAAAGAUAGCCAGGGUCCAAAAAUAGACCACUGCUCUUCUCCAUCAAGCUCAGAGGACUCAGGAAUCAAUGCUGUAGGGAUUCCCUACCUGGAAUCAUGUGAUGAGGACACAGAGGAGGGGGCAGAGUUAAGUUCAGAAGAGGACUGCAGUCCAGAGAGCUGUUGGCAACAAGAGAACUGCCCAGUGGUAUCUCCAUCCAAGACUGAUGUGGAAGUCAUAGAAACUAUAGAAACUACAGUGUGAGCCACUGUAGAAUAAACUUUACAUGUGUAUAUAUAUAUAUAUAUAUAUAUAUAUAUACACAUGGGCAUUGGAUCAAAUCCUGCCACAGGACAGAGCAAUACAAUCAACUUAAAUAUUGCACAUUAAUACACAUUCUUUAAUCACAGAAAAAGUUUAGGCCAGCUUAUUGGUGACCAGUUAGUUCAUGUUUUGGUCAGUGGAGGCUGCACAUAUAUAUCUUUCCUCACCGGCUUCCAUUGCAACUCCUGUGCUUGCAUAUUCAUUAAGGCAUUUCCCAAAGGUAAUAUUCAGUGACUUAACUGUUUUGUAAAAUGAAGAUUACUGGCGCUGUGCCUUGAUGCCUAAAAUAUUUACAAGGAGAACAUACAUUCAAAACGUAUUCCAUGUGUACAAUGUUCUUUAUCCAGAGGAUACAUAUUAGACUAAAGUGAAGUUCUGUUAACCCUUCCACAGCCUUUACCCACAAAGGGGCUAAAAUGAUAUAUUAAAGAAAAAAAAGAAAUAGUAUUAAUGUUCAGGACCAUAAAAAUACUAGUAAAGAGCACAUAGCAAUAGGAUUUGCUGAAUAUAUACAGUUUGUGUUUUGUCAAAUGCACCAUGAGUCUUAUUAGAUAUUGCUGCCUUUGUUGUAUGUAAUAUAUUACUGAGUGCACACUUACUUAUUCCACCACAGCGACUGCUUAUGAGGAGAGAAAACACCACGCUCCUGACAGAACUUCCUGCAAAUUGAUUUGUAUUUGACUAACACACGCAGUAAGUGAUGUAUGGUAUGACAGGAAGAGACAUUUCUACCACAGCGCUGACAGAAAAAAAUUUAAGAAACAAAUUGUCGCUACAUAUUAAAGCCAGAGGCGGGGGUGCCCUUACACUAUUUUUAGCUUCAUUGUGAUUAAACAGUAUAUUUUAUAACAUUUUAAAGAAA